AUGUUGGGAGCAGGUGACCAAGAGACGAUCCAAGUGGAUGGCGUUGUUGUGUUGGUGGACGAAGAAUCGAAUUUUGCCUAUCUGGAUGCUGGCCUAGGACGGGUUUUGCUAUCGCCAGUAAUGGACGGAGAUGAUAUUAAAGUGUCUGACUGGUUCAGUGUCACGGCUACUCCGUAUCGCGAUGCUGCACCGAUUCACAAGAAGAACUUUUGUCGAUAUGCUGUAGUUGGUAGAGUGAAGAAGAUCAAAGAGAAGUUACCAACUGGCUCAAGAAUAGAUCGUGACAAUCUGGAGGUUGUUCGCAUACAAACACCGGUAAUGAUUGGGGCGAUCCGUGAAGACACCACAGUAGCGUUAUCGGAGCAUAUUGGACGUGUUUUCAUCGAUAAAAAAUUUCGCAAAAAAAUGGAUUUGAAAUCGAAGAUGAUACUGGAUGCAUCCGUACAGAGUUGUGACCCAUCUGACAAGAAUGCUUUCUGCUUUUGGUCAGCGAAAGCGCUUGCGACCAGUGAUGAGCUGAAAACCGAUCUGGGCAUCCGAGAGUGUCUGGGGCGCUUUUCAGGUUUUAUGGACAAGAAUCUCUGCUUAAUAGAGCUCUUCGGUGAGAACGAAGGUUUUGUUUGCGCCAGACCACCAGAUUUUGCACACGCGAUCCCGAUGAAGAAACUGAAAGAAGCCGAAAUCAUUGUGGUGUGUGCGAACCAGUCAAUAUCGCCACUGAGGAGCUUUCCGGUGAGUGCUGGUUAUGCGUACGUUCCUGAAGGAGAUGAGCUGGAGUCGAUGAAGAAACGACUGGAAACCCUAACGGGUGAUACAAAUUCGAUGAUUGAUCAAGGAAGUGAGCACACUCGUAAUGAUGCAAUUCAAGUAAACGAUGAAAAUCGACUUGAGCAGAAGGCAGACGCAAGUAUUCAGUCGAAGUGUAUCCACAGUGAUUUGAUUCGAAAACUGAUGAGUGUCGAUGAAGUAAAGUCGCAACUGCAACACGAUGAUCCAGAACUGUACGAACGUGUUGUCGAAUUCCUUGGAGUGAAUAAUGUCUAG